AUGAGGAAUGAGGAUGGUAUUGUUGGUCUAGUAUCUGAACACUACAGGUAUUGUUGGUCUAGUCCAGAGGCAGAGAUAGUUAGCCCGAAUGUUGCGAGUGUGAGGCAGAGAGAGAGAGAGAACCCUAGCAACAGAGAGUCAACCCUGGCAACAGAGAGAAAACCUGGCAACAGAGAGAAAACCUGGCAACAGAGAGAAAACCCUGGCAACAGAGAGAAAACCCUGGCAACAGAGAGAAAACCUGACAACAGAGAGACAACCCUGGCAACAGAGAGUCAACCCUGGCAACAGAGAGAAAACCCUGGCAACAGAGAGUCAACACUGGCAACAGAGAGAAAACCUGGCAACAGAGAGAAAACCCUGGCAACAGAGAGAAAACCUGGCAACAGAGAGAAAACCCUGGCAACAGAGAGAAAACCCUGGCAACAGAGAGAAAACCUGACAACAGAGAGACAACCCUGGCAACAGAGAGUCAACCCUGGCAACAGAGAGAAAACCCUGGCAACAGAGAGUCAACACUGGCAACAGAGAGAAAACCUGGCAACAGAGAGAAAACCCUGGCAACAGAGAGAAAACCUGGCAACAGAGAGAAAACCUGGCAACAGAGAGAAAACCCUGGCAACAGAGAGAAAACCCUGGCAACAGAGAGAAAACCCUGGCAACAGAGAGAAAACCUGGCAACACAGAGAAAACCCUGGCAACAGAAAACCUGGCAACAGAGAGAAAACCAACAGAGAGACAACCUGGCAACAGAGAGAAAACCCUGGCAACAGAGAUAAAACCUGGCAACAGAGAGAAAACCUGGCAACAGAGAGAAAACCCUGGCAACAGAGAGAAAACCUGGCAACACAGAGAAAACCCUGGCAACAGAAAACCUGGCAACAGAGAGAAAACCAACAGAGAGACAACCUGGCAACAGAGAGAAAACCCUGGCAACAGAGAUAA